AUUCUUCCAUUUCAUCAUGUCCCUUCUUGGAGAGAAGUCGCUCCGUUUUGCAUCGUGUAAUUUUAAAAUGCCUUGAUAGUCACAAAUCAAUUUCUUUUUUUAAAUUUUACCAAAAAAAAAGAAAAAAUGGUUACAAGUGGAAGGUGCAUAGUAAAAAAUUGUAAAUAUGCUAAAACAAUAAAAAGGAAUCGAGCUCAACAACUAGGAUUGACUUUUCACCGCUUUCCGAAGAAUUCAAUAAGUCGGCAAAAAUGGGUGAAUGCGUUACAGUUGUGGUCAGAAAAUAUCACCGAAAGUCAUCGUCUUUGUUCUGAACACUUUUUGGAAGGGGAUUUUGAUAAAACAGUACCAUCUCUAGUGAGGCUGCGAAGAAAUGCGGUUCCAUUUUUAAAUCAUGAUUAUAUCGAAUGUGAAACAACGUCGCAAAUCGACAGUAAUUCAAGCAGCAGAGAAUCUCAGAAAUUAACUUCAUCAUCAGAAGUGUUGAACAACUCAGAAGCAAUUCUAACACUUGAAGAAGAGGAAACUUUGGAAAAAUCUCCCUCACUUCGUUUGGAUACGCUCAAAAAUGAAGAAUUUAAUUUCGAGGAAACGAUAAUUGAAGCAGAAACAACAGUAAACGAAAGGGACGAUUCGAAUGAGAGGAUUCUUUUGGAUUGCUCAACAUCAAUUUCAUCAAUUCCAGAGGAAGUAGUUGAGACUUCCGCCAGUCAAGAUUGCAGCAAAGGAGAAGAAAAUGAGAAAAAGGAAAUAAUAAUUCUAAAGCAGAACUUAGAAGAAGCUUACUUAAAAAUUGCAUCUCUAGAAGCAGAAUUAUUGAAAAUGAAACAACAAAACUAGAAAACUCAUCAAAUUAUUGAUAAUUUGGUAAUGUAAAACAUUUUCUUGGUUAGAUUCUUUCACAUAUUUUGAAAAUAUUAAGUCUUUGAUAACAAAGAAAAGUCUUUGUCAAAGAUGAAAAAUUUGCGAAAUUUUUAACAAUUUAUUCAUAAAACUAAAGUGAACGAGAUGAACUCCUACUGUUCUAAAUUAGUACUAAAAUUUUCACUUCAUUUGUCUCUAGAGAUUUAUUUAAUUUAUUCUUUUGAAUAAAACUCUUCUGAAUUAUUUUUUUAUUCAUAAAAGAUUGUAAAUAACUGUUUUAAGUGGUUUUAUAGUUCGUUUAAUUGAAAAACUAUAGGGUAUGUUGUUGCUCGAGACGAUUUAGUUAAUUUUACUAUUUUGUUAAUUUGUCUAUGACAAUGUGAUUUAAUUCUAGAUUUACUAUCGGUUUCAAAAUAAAUUCGAAAUCGUUUCCAGAAGUAAACAUAGACAAUUUUAUAUUCUUACUUUUUAAGUAAUGUUUCAUUAAUAAACACUA